AUAGUAUGCGUUUGUAUCUGCUAGUGUCAACGUGCAGUGGUUAUUGUAGUUUGUAAUAGACGCUACGGGCUGUUACGGACAUAAUGUCGGAUUCAGAAGGUGCCAGCGAUGCGGGAAGCGCUGGAGGAAGGUCUCGGAGUGUCUCUCGCAGUAGAAGUCCUUCUCGAAGCUCGGGAUCUAGAAGUAUAUCUAGGUCUCGAUCACGUUCCCGAUCACCAUCUGGCUCUGAAAAGGCAGACGAGGCAGAAGAAGUCAGGUCGGGAGAUGAAGAAGCUGUGGAACCAGAAGAGGAACCUGAAGGAGAAGACUUGGAUAAUAGCAGUGAAUAUGAUGAGGAAGAAGAGGAAGAUGAUGACAGACCAAGAAAGAAAAAGAAGAAAGAUAGAUUUGGUGGCUUUAUUAUAGAUGAAGCUGAAGUAGACGAUGAAGUCGAAGAUGAUGAUGAAUGGGAGGAAGGUGCCCAAGAAAUUGGUAUUGUAGGAAAUGAAGUGGAUGAAUUAGGACCAACUGCGCGUGAAAUUGAAGGACGACGUAGGGGUACAAAUCUCUGGGAUUCGCAGAAAGAAGACGAAAUUGAAGAGUAUCUGAGGAAAAAAUAUGCUGAUGAAUCAAUCGCUGCUCGUCAUUUCGGUGAUGGCGGUGAAGAAAUGAGUGAUGAAAUUACUCAGCAAACGCUAUUGCCUGGUGUGAAAGAUCCUAAUUUGUGGAUGGUGAAGUGUCGCAUAGGAGAAGAAAAAGCCACUGUACUCUUAUUGAUGCGAAAAUUUAUCACAUAUCAAUUUUCGACUGAACCUCUGCAGAUAAAAUCUGUCGUGGCGCCUGAAGGUGUUAAGGGUUACAUUUACAUAGAGGCUUAUAAGCAGCCGCAUGUGAAAGCUGCUAUCGAAAAUGUCGGAAAUCUCAGAAUGGGUAUAUGGAAGCAACAAAUGGUGCCGAUUAAAGAGAUGACGGAUGUGCUACGAGUAGUUAAAGAGCAGACUGGUUUGAAAGCCAAGCAGUGGGUCCGUUUAAAACGAGGCAUUUACAAAGAUGACAUAGCUCAGGUCGAUUAUGUUGAUUUGGCGCAAAAUCAAGUGCACUUGAAAUUACUGCCGAGAAUCGAUUACACUAGACCACGCGGUGCUUUAAGAACAGCACAGAGCGAAUCCGAAGCAUUGAAACGCAAGAAGAAAAGACGACCAGUGGCCAAGCCAUUUGAUCCUGAAGCGAUCCGCGCUAUCGGUGGAGAGGUCACCAGCGACGGAGAUUUCCUUAUUUUCGAAGGAAAUCGAUACAGUCGUAAAGGCUUUCUUUAUAAGAAUUUUACCACAAGUGCUAUUAUCGCGGAAGGUGUCAAGCCCACACUUUCCGAAUUAGAGAAAUUUGAAGAAGCGCCAGAAGGUGUUGAGAUAGAUGUAAGUGGUACGCCAGUAACUGGAACUUCCGGAAAAGAAGAUCAAGCUGUAGCCCAUUCCUUUAGCAACGGAGAUAAUGUGGAAGUGUGCGAGGGAGAAUUGAUUAAUCUGCAAGGAAAAAUUGUUUCCAUAGAUGGAAACAUGAUUAUGGUUAUGCCAAAGCACGAAGAUCUAAAAGAAGCCUUGGAAUUCCAAGCUUCGGAGUUACGAAAAUACUUUACACAGGGCGACCACGUUAAGGUCGUAGCAGGAAGAUACGAAGGUGACACGGGUUUAAUUGUCAGAGUGGAGCAAAAUAGAGUAGUCUUGUUUUCUGAUUUAUCGAUGCACGAACUUGAGGUACUUCCAAGGGAUCUACAAUUGUGCUCUGACAUGGCGACCGGUGUUGACAGCCUAGGACAAUUCCAGUGGGGCGAUUUGGUGCAGCUUGAUACACAAACAGUCGGUGUAAUCGUGCGAUUGGAACGCGAGAAUUUCCACGUGCUCUCCAUGCACGGAAAAGUGGUCGAGGCCAGACCACAAGGUCUCACGAAGCGCCGAGAAAAUAGGAAUGCGGUCGCUUUAGACUCGCAACAGAACACGAUACAGAAGAAGGACAUCGUGAAAGUGGUCGAUGGGCCGCAUGCAGGUCGAGGUGGCGAGAUUAAACAUCUAUACAGGAGCUUUGCUUUCCUACACUCGCGAAUGUUUGUCGACAACGGUGGAAUAUUCGUAUGCAAAACCAGACAUCUACAGCUAUCGGGUGGAAAUAAGGCAAAUUCUAUAAAUUCUAUGUCGCCAGUGGCAGGAUUUAUGUCACCUAGGAUCGCCUCUCCGAUACACCCCAGCGGAGGCGGUUUUGGACGAGGCGGCGGAGGAGGUGGAAGAGGCAGAGGUCGCGGCGGCGGCGGUGCGAGACGCGACAGGGAAUUAAUCGGAACCACCAUCAAGAUAACGGGUGGACCGUACAAGGGAAAUGUAGGUAUCGUGAAAGACGCGACGGAAACCACGGCGCGCGUGGAGCUGCACUCCACUUGCCAAACGAUUUCCGUCGACCGCUCUCAUAUAGCAAACGUCGGCGUUCCGACGAAGGACGGCGGCUUCAGCAGCUACAACAGGACUCCGGCUUAUGGAGCAGGCGGACAGACUCCGAUGUACGCUCGGGACGGAUCGAAAACACCUAUGCAUGGUUCCCAAACACCUAUGUACGAAAACGGUUCUCGCACUCCUCAUUACGGUUCGAUGACACCGUCCCACGAUGGUUCGCGAACGCCAGGACAAUCAGGAGCCUGGGAUCCAGCAGUCACGAAUACACCCGCCAGGUCAAACGAUUUCGAUGGCUACAGUAUGGAGGAGGGUGGCUCGCCCGGCUACGCGCCCGGAUAUCCACCCACUGGCGGACCGUUCACUCCACAGACUCCAGGCACCAUGUAUGGAUCGGAACAAAGCUUCAGUUCGUAUCAACCUAGUCCUAGUCCCGCGGGCAGCGCCACCGCGAGUCCGAGUCCUGCGGGCUACGUUGCUACUCCAUCUCCAAGUGGUACCGGAUACACCACCAGUCCACAUGGAGCAUUCGCAACACCUUCUCCAAUGGGUUACAGUCCUAUGACACCGGGUAGUCCAUAUAAUCCGCAAACACCUUGUGGAGGAAUAGAUACCAGCGCUAGUUCGAUAAGCGGCUCAGAUUGGCAAACAACAGAUAUCGAAGUACGCAUCCGCGAUUCUCAUGAUGAUCCCGCACUUGCUGGACAACAAGCUGUCAUUCGUGGAAUUUCUGGCGGCAUGUGCACAGUUUAUUUACCUACCGAAGACCGUGUUGUGAAUCUUGUGUGCGAGCAAUUGGAACCUGUAGUACCAUCGCGUGGCGAUCGAGUCAAAGUAAUUCUAGGAGAAGAUCGUGAAGCCGUCGGCACUUUACUUUCAAUCGACAAUCAAGAGGGUGUGGUGAAACUCAAUACGGAGGAGAUCAAAUUCCUGCAGUUACGAUUUUUGUGUAAAAUGAAAGCAUCUAGUACAUAAUUUUCCGGUUCGUGCGUGUUUAUGUUGUAUCAAAAUUUUGAUAUUUAACAAAAGUGAAAAUUCUAUGUAAUUAUUGACUCUUUAUUUGGCUAUCUACUUGAGUUCACAUUCUUUGUUAACUUGUAAUUUCAUAAUUGAGAAAGCAAAAAGGUUUAAUUUUUUAUCAUUACGGAUAUAAUUUUAAUUAAUUUGAUAAAAUAAUUUAGUAGUGUAUGUCAAUA